GGCUCCCUCAGCAUGCUCUCUUCGAUCAAGCUGGUCCUGCUCCUGCUGGUCUUGCAGCUGGGCAUUCGCCCACUCCAGGCCCAGUCCACGGAUUCGACCUCUGCCAGCACCAUCAACGUCAUCGGCGGCGGCGCUUCGUUCCCAUCGUCCCUGUAUAUGACUCUGGCUGCCGAGUACUCCAACCAGAGCAACAUCUUCGUCAGCUACACCGCCAACAACUCGGGAUGGGGUCGCCAGGCACUCUCGCAGUUUGGAAAGUACACCUUUGCGGGCUCCGACAAUCUCGUCAACCCCAUGAUCUUCAACACACCCGGCUUGGCUCCAGUUCAGCUGCUGCCAAUCCCGUCGACCGUCGGCGGAAUUUGCAUCGUCCUCAACAUCGGCCGCGACUCCACCACGGCCACCAACCAGCCCCUCCUUCUCACUCGCCAAAACAUCCUCGACAUCUUCACCUUCAACGUCACGGCCUGGAACGACCGCUCCUUGACCCAGAACAAUCCCUUCCUCGCCACCAUCAACCAGAACAUCCAGAUUGUUGUUCGUAGUGGCAGCUCUGGCACAACUUCCAACUUUAUCAAGGGCCUCAACAGCUUUUCCGGAAAGACCGGAACCGCUGCUGCCCUCUCUGACAGCGGCAUCUGGCCUGUGCAGGCCCCGGUCGGCCGCGCCAUCUAUCAGGCCGGCACCAACGCCAACAUCGGAACGGUGGUCGGAAGUGUGCCCUACACCAUCUCGUACAUGGACUAUGCCGAUGCCAUCCAGAAUCCGUCCGUCACCAACUUCGAAAUGGCCUCUGUGCAGAACAAGAAGAGCUUGAACUUUAUCAAGCCGGCCCCGCAGCAGUUCCAGGCCGCCGCCAGCCAGCUCAUGAUCAACUCCAGCAUCGAUUUGACCACCGAUGCCCUGGCAGCCGUCAUCAACUCCCAGCUCAUCGACACCGAUGCGACUGCCGAUGCCUAUCCGCUCAUGGCUGCCACCUACUACCUCGUCCGAAACGACACCUCUCCAAAUUUCCCACAGAUCACCGAGACUCAGAUGCGCGAGACCCUGCGUUUCCUGUGGUGGACGCUCUUCAACGGCACCGAGGCCGGCGCCGUUCCCAACCCCACUUACCUCAACGCCUCUCUGGCCCAUAGCCUGGACAACUUUGCCAUGCUGCCCUUUGCCAUCCGCAACUUUUCGUACAGCGUUAUGCGGCAGACCAAAUUCCAGGGCAACCUCCUCUUCCAGAGCAACUCGGUGUGCAACCCCAGCUUUGGCCCGGACGGCUCCUAUCUGGCUCCAAACUCAACAAGAACGACUGCUCCGAGCCUGCCGGCUUGCUGGUCUACUGCCCUCAACUCCCCAUACGGCCUCAACUACAUCCUGCUUGCCCUGAUGUGCCUCGGCGUCGUGAUCAUUGGCAUCAUUUUCUUCCUGCUGCUCCUCAACCGCGAUCAUCCUUACGUCCGUGCCCUGGCACCGUCGUGCUGCUACUUUGUCCUGGUCGGCUGCUUGGUUGGUAUUUUUGCAGGAUAUGUCUACAACGUCAUUCCCAUCGACGGCAACUGCAGAUUCCGCCUUGUCCUUCCUCCCAUCGCCUUUACGAUGAUCUUUGGCAUGACCAUGCUCAAGGCUUACCGCAUCUACCUGAUUUUUGGCUACACCCGCGCGUCAAGAACGUCCGUCAUCCCCAACUUCAGGCUUAUUCUGUACACCCUGGUCAUGACCGCCAUCACGGCCGUCCUGUGUCUGGCCUGGAUCCUCGUGUCCCAGCCCGUGGCCACCACGACUCGAAUCGGCUCGCAGGUGAUUUCGACCUGCGUCCCGACCAACUACCUGGCCGACCAGAUCUUCCAGGGCGUCCUGUUUGUCUACAACGGCAUUAUCCUCGUGGUGUGCUUGAUUCUGGCCAUUGCCACGCGCGGCGCCCACGCUCGCUUCCAAGAGUCCAAGUCCAUCUCCCUGUGCGUCUACUCGGUCACCAUCACCCUGAUCGUCGGCCUUCCCAUUGUGUAUCUGCUCCCUCUGGGAUCCAGCGCUCUGCUCUUCACCAUCGCCUCCUUUGUCCGCUCCCUCAUCUUGAUUAUCCUCUCGACGGCUGUGGCCAUCUUCCUGUACGGCCCUCGACUGGCCCACAUUUUUGGACACGCCACCGACGACGAACUCAAGCGUGUCGAGAACUUUAGCGAUACUUCUGGCGACGACGUCACCGACCUCGAGAGCCCCGGCAUGCGGUCGUGGUCGGUCCAGGCCAUGACCUACGAUGUCGGUGUCCAGGGCAUGAAGGUCGGCUCUGCCUGGACCUCCGUCUCGCUCCUGCUCCUGCCGGAGAUGGACCUGGUCGUCUUCCUCGAGUCGCUUGACAGCGCCAAGACCCUCGCCUCGGCCAAGGUCUCGGCCGUCACCAUCGAGACCAUCGAAGCGCACAUGAACGAGCCCAGCAAGCGCAUCGAGCUUCGUGCCUCGCACUGGAGACACCCCUUCAAGAUCGAGUUUGUCUCGGUCGAGCGCCGCGAGUCGUUUGUCUCGCUCUUCCAGUUGGUCAAGAACCGGUCCCAAACCACCAGCACGGCCGUGACUGACAACGUUGCUGCCUUUAUCGACAACCGCCGCGCCCAGGUCCAGGGUCUCCGAAAGGCUCUGGCUGGGCCCUACAAUGCCCAGCGAAAGGGGUCCGUCACCGACAUGAGCUCUGGAUCUCAGAGAAAGGGCUCCAUCACCGAGACCGGCUAUGUUUCUCCGCGCAAGGGAUCUGUCACAGACUCCAGCUCCAAGGGAUACUCGCCUUCCUUGCGGCCCAUCGACAGCAGCAGCAACUAUGGCGGCCAAAGCACUCCACUCAGCCGUGGCGAUCCAACUAUUUCGUCCUUUGCAAGCCAAAACUCUUCGUACAGCGGCAGAGCCCACGAUGGCGUCUUUGAGCUCAAGCCGUGAGAUCCCGCGCCACCUGAAAGCCUCAAGCGAUCGACAGCGUGACGAAGCCGAC